AUGAUUAAAGUCUUAUAUUUCGCUGGCGUGAAGGAUAUCACUCGCAAAGAAUCCGAAGAUGUUGAAAUACCUGUAGACAACUGGACACUGACUGAUUUGACCAAUUUACUGAUCACAAAGUAUGGCGAUAAACUAAAAGAGCUUCUGUCCCUGUCCAUGUAUGCCAUUGACAUGGAUUAUGUCGAAAAAGAUAACGAAUCCACUACCAUCUUGAAGCCAAAUGCUGAAGUUGCCAUCAUCCCUCCUGUUAGCGGUGGAUAA